UGUCUGUGUGUGUGUGUGUGUGUGUGUGUGUGUGUGUGUGAGAGAGAGAGAGAGAGAGAGAGAGAGAGAGAGAGAGAGAGAGAGCGAGCGAGUGAGUGUGUGUGUGUGUGUGUGUGUGUGUACUGAAGCGUCAUUCUCCUCCUUUCUUCCUUUCAGGGAACGCGCAUCACUUGUGAAAAACGGCGCUUGAGACCCAGAAGUUUCUUGUCUGUCGGCUCGGCUCGUUUCGUUCCCGCGAUAUUCUCCCGUUUUUCCCGGUUUCAUUUUUAUCCUCAUCCUCACUUUCUUUUUUUUUUUCUGUCUCGAGGAUUCAGUCGGGGUGUACUGCUAACACAGGGCGUAGCUUGAGAGGAUUUUGCUAGCUCGCCGCUGCACUGACUGACCAGACCCUGCUGUCUCCAGAAAGCCUGUAGACCUGUGGACAUCCUGUGAGAUUUAAGUCAGUCAUCCCUGGAAGAGAAGGACCACUACCACUCAAGGGGAGAUGAAGCCGGAUGGGGUUGUCACGGCAGCGCUGGAGCCAAUGGAAACACUGGAAUCCAAUCCAGUAAAUGAGGCAGCACCAGCCAUGGGGCAGGAGCCCAACCAGGCCGCCAGUCCAGUGGAGGAGGAGAUGCCACAGCAGCCUGUAGGAGAGACGGGCCAACUGGAACCCCAGCCAGACCAGGCCAAGGAAACCCCUGCUGCCAAGACCAGUAACAAGACUUCAGGAGACUCCAAAGCCAAGACUACUAAUAAGGCCACGGCCAAGACAAAACCUGGCACCACCAACCCAACCAAGACCACAUCUGGCUCACGGCCCAACACAUCCCAGAGCCGCCUCUCAAAUGGUGUGUCGAAGCCCCAGACCAAUGGAGUGGCUAAGAAGACCCCACCUGCUGCAGUCAAAAAGAGCACCCCGACCCCAGCACCCCCCAAAAAACCAACAGGCCCGGCCGGAGCCCCAGCCUCCAAGAGCAAAGUGGGUGAGAAGAAAGCCACAGGGGCAGCCCCUGCCACCAAUGGCGCAAAGUCAAUGACCGGAACAACAGCAGCCAAGAAGACACCAUCCACAACUGCUAAUGGUGUCAAAACCGGCACCACAGCAGCUGCUGCUAAAAAGCCCCCAGCUCCCAAGCCUGCCUCCGCAACUCCCACCAAGCCUAGCUCUGCUGCCUCACCCAAGCCCCCUGUUUCCAAGACAACCAGGCCUACAACUGGCACGUCAACAUCAUCUCGUCCUGCCACAGGCUCAACCCGGCCACCCACUACCAGCACAACCAAGAGCUCCCUAGCUACAGCCAAACCUGCCACCCCUAAAACCUCCUCCACCACUGCCAAGCCGGCUGCAUCCAAACCAACCUCCACUACCCCCUCUGGUGGCAAACCUCCAGCAUCACAAACAUCCAGAAACACAACCCCUGUAAAAAAAGAUGUUACCAAACCAGCCACCCCAGCAUCCAAAAAGCCUGCAGAGUCCCCCCUUACCCGCCCUUCCUCUGCAACGAAGUCGGCAAAACCUGAGACCCCCAAAUUAGUCUCAAAAUCAGACGUCACCGCCAAAAAGCCUACUGCUAGUAAGGCUGCAGACACAAAGACACCCAACCGCUCCAAAACACAAGACAGUAAGCCCACACCUUCCAAGGAUGUUUCCAAGACCCCUAGCUCCAAAACGGCUGCAACCAAGACCGCCAGCCCCAAGAAGACUGUGGGCAGCAGCACCCCAACUCCUGUGAAACGUGGCCCCAAAGCUGCAACUGUUGCAGAACCUGCACAAGAAAUAGCUGCUGUUGUAGCUGCUGCUGCAGCUAUUGCUACUGCAGCAACUGCCAUUGCCGGGCCAGAGGAACCAGAACCUCCUGCAGGAGGAGCUGUGGAGCCAUCUGCUGCACCAGAACUGAUGUCCAGCCAGACUGAAGUAGUACAAGAAAAUACUUCAGACCCCACAGCAGAACCAGUCUCUGCACCAGUGUUAAAAUCAGUGCGAGAACCAACACCAGAAUCCGUACGAGAACCAACACCAGAGCCAAUACGGGAACCAACACCAGAACCUGUACGAGAACCGACACCAGAACCUCUACGAGAACCGACACCAGAACCCCUACGAGAACCGACACCAGAGGCAAUAUGGGAACCAACACCAGAACCCCUCCGAGAACCAAUGCCAGAGCCAAUACGGGAACCAACACCAGAACCUGUAAGAGAACCGACACCAGAACCCCUACGAGAACCGACACCAGAACCUGUACGAGAACCGACACCAGAACCCGUACGAGAACCAACACCAGAGCCAAUACGGGAACCAACACCAGAACCCGUACGAGAACCAACACCAGAGCCAAUACGGGAACCAACACCAGAACCUGUACGAGAAACAUCUCCCGAGCCCCUGUCUCAACCAUCUGCAGAGUCAGAUCUAGAAGCUGAACCAGUCCAUGAACCAGCCUCCAAUGUUCAGCUGUCAGCCCAGCUGGACCUUUUCAAAUUUCAGGAGUCUGCCAACGACUCAGUUCCUUCCCUGGGAACUACUGUAAUGUCUCCUCCUUGUUCCCCACCAGGCCCUGUUUCUCCUGUCAGGGAGCCACAGAAUGCCUCUUCUCUGCUGGACAUGCAUAUCCAGUCUGAUCCCUGGGACAGGAACCAGUCCCUGGCUCCGUCUGACUUUGCUCCCCAGAGCCUAGUCAUGAUGAACUUCCAGACAGAAGAGGAAACGGAGAAUAAAGAACAGUUUGAGACACAGGAGACAAUGGAGGAGGAAGAGGAGGAGGAGGAAGAAGAGAAAGAGAACCUGUUUAUGUCUACGUCCACAGCUCCAUCUGCAGAGGCCUUCAAUAUGAUGGCACAACCUCACUUGUUGGGUGCCUCGCCCAUGGAUGAUUUCACCUCCACGCACCUGAUCUCCCCUCAUGAAAAGGAGGAGGCAGUGGAAAAGGCUGAUGAGGAGAUAAAUGAGGAUGAUGAUGAGGAGGAGGAUGAAGAUGAGGAACAAAGGAGACUCGGCCAUCAGCCUUCAUCCAUGGUCACUGACAUGAGCACGUCUCAGCCCUCUGAGGAGUUCCAAGUCAGGUCCUCGGCCUUUGGUGGUUCUGCAGGGUGGCACGGUGACGACCUGCUGUCUGGGAUGGACUCUGAGGAUGUGAGCAGCUGCACCAGCAGUCGGCAGCAGGGAGUUUCUGACCUCAGCAGCACCCAGCACACUGCGAUACUGGAAGGCACGCAGAGCUCAGACGCCCUGGUCGACUCAAGCCUCCGUGGCUCUGAGGGAGAUGGUAAUCUCAUGGGUUCUCCCAACGUGGAAACCCUGGCCAAUGAGGAAGACGAGGAUGAAGAGGACGAGCGGGUGGACGAUAUGGACCUGAGUUCAGAGAGAGUGGAGGAGCAUCACAAAGUGUUCCAGCAGCAUGAGCAAGAUGAGGACGAGGAGGAUGAAGAUAUAGAGAUGCACAGUGAAGGAGUGACAGAGAGCUGUGGGAAUGCUGAUGAAGAUGACUUUAAUGAGGAGGAGCGUUUAGACAACCUCAAUCGCUCUGGUCCUCUGCCUUGCGUCCCCCCUAACUCCUCUUGGGGCCAGACGAACCCCUUCUCUGAUCCCUGGGCUCAACCAGCCUCACUGCUCUCUGUUUCCUCCCCCAGCCCUCUUUCUGACCAUGGUGCAGCUGAAUCUGAAACACCCACCCUGUCUCCUGCCCAGGCAUGUUUGGACAGGAGUGCCCCUUCCUUUGCUCCUCAGUCAGAGCAAGAGCCCCAGCAGUAUCAGUCAGCCCAUGAGGAGAUGAAGAGCUCAACCCCUGAGGAGGCUCACGUCCUACUUGCUGCCCAAGCUGUAGGCAUGACCCAGCCCAGCACUCUGAGUGGCACAGCUCUGGCCGCCCAUAGCAGUAGCGAGACAAGCACACCAGAGGAACUCCGUGACUAUGACAGCAGCUCUGGGGUGGAGUCCCGUUCUGACAAACAGCAGACCCCAGUGCCUGCUUCAGUCCAGCCUGACAUGGAGCAGGACCUGGGUAUUCACUUGGAGAAAGGUGAUGGAGAAGAGGAGGAGGCUGAGACACUCCCUGCCGACGAGGUCCUAGGAACAGGGCCCCCAACCGCUCCAGCAUCCGCCCCGUCUUCUCCCUCCACCUCAGGAGACGAGGCCAGCGACACAGAGGGUGAGAUGCAAAUAAAUGACCCCGAUGCACCAGCGAUGAUGGAUGCGAGUGCUGGAUUUGAGAGCCCUCCUCCCACCUGUAAUCUGCCCGCUCUUGAUGAGGAUGAGGAGGCGGCGGACACAACAGCCGGAGAGGGCGAAGAGGACGGAGGUGGGGCCACCCCUCAGUCUGCCAACUCUGUGGCAUCUUACGGCUUCGACUGCACCACAUCCAAUUCCAACGCCCACUCCAUGGCCGAGAGCUGCGGAAAGAGCCCAGGGAUCUUCUCCCUGGAGAAUGAGGAACAGCUGCCAGAGGAGGCCAAGGACCCCUCCCUCAUCAAGGAGCUGACCCUGCCUUCAGCUGCUGCUGCUGCCCAGGCAGAGGACCUGCUGGGCAGACCCGUGGACCUGAUGCCUUUGGGCCACCCGGGAGAGAACCAGCCCAGUCUGGAUGAGCACCGCUACAUGUUUGGGGGAAAGAUUGCAGCAGACCACCUGGAGGAGGUUGAUCCGUUGGAGCCCAGUCACCACCUUGGGGCCCAGGAAUCUGGAGACACCGGCGACAGCCAGCCACCCUACUACUCUACCGUAUGUGAUAAGACUGAUAGUUUUCUGGCAGGUAAUGUAUAAGUCCCUCCUGUUACCCCUGGAAUGCACCUUUUCCCCGCAACCCUCCCCCUUUACCUGUUGUUCGUUUUCUCUCCAGUUGGCUUAGAUGGCUUAGAAGAAAAAAAAAAGGAGAGCAAGAUUGUAGGAAAAGAUUUUAAAAAAUGAACAAAGGAGAUGAAAAAAAAUGACUGUAGCAAUUUUUAAGCCUCCCUCUUUCAUACUGUUAUGGUCAUGGUUAUGAGUGUAUGGCUUAAACUCCUUUAAUGUACAAUAGCUACUACCAUUUUCUAGUAGAAUGUUCUUUUUAAGUAACACUGCAUAUUCUGUAGCCCCUGAUGGGGUAUUGACUGAUUGGUCCGAUGUGACUGAGCUUUUAAACCGAAAAAAGGAAAAAAAAAACAGAUGGAAUGAAAUGGACUCAUUGUGUAUUUAUCCUACUGUUUUUACCGAACAAAUGUCAAUGAUUUUUUUUGUUUUGUAUUUGCUUAUUUGUUGUUUUUUGUUUGUUUUUUCUGUUGAAACCUGGUCCUCCCUACCCUGUGUACACAUGCUUCAUGUUCAACAGCAUCAUAGCGAUAGUCAAAUGUUCCUUUUAAAAGUUUGUGUUCUUGUUUCAAGACUUUUAGCUAUCAAAAUAAAGGCUAGAUAUUAACACGGCUGUUUUGCCCUUACAGAUUUGUUGAGGUAGGUAUGGGAGUAUUAGAUUGCAGCUGGUGAAGUUUUUAAUGUGUGCUUCAAGAGGCUCUACGCUCUUUGCAUAGGUUGUUACGGUAUAUAACGUGCAGUCACGUACAGUAUAUGUUUCAGGCAUUUGGUUUUAAGUGGCUAAGCUUCAAGCCUCAGUUAGCUGAUCAUUUGUAUUCCAGAAGAGGGUAACUACUUGCCUAUUAUUUGUGAUGAGACCCUGCAUUGUCCUACAUCGCUAUCACAGCUGAGCUUUACAGUCGCUAAAACGUUUUCAUAGUGGGCGUUUGGUUUACUAUUUCAACAGUAUAUUGCAUGUUUAACUAACAAGACUGUGUACUACCUUGAAUUUGAAACAAUUCUACACUAGACAUGUUCAUAAAUGAAUGGUUCACACUAGGUUAUCUUUCAAAAUUCCAUUAAAACAUCAUUGCAAGGCA